AUGAUGUUACGAUUGCUUUCUGUAUUGUCAGUAUUAGUUUUUGUAAAUUGUGUCGAUAAUCUUAAUUUUCCGUUGGUAUUACCGCCUUUUGGAGAAGGAGCCGAUGUGAAAAAGCCGGAAUCCUCCUGGGGAACAUGUUUGUUAUAUUUAGAAUCUGUGAAUGUAAUUGUAUACAAAAAACAAGAUGGAAAGGCUUAUGUAGCUUCUAUCAACAGUACUAAAGAUGCUGGACAUACUUAUAAGUUUGAAACCAAGUAUGUCAACUGUUCUAACGCGUCUGAAGUUUCAAGUAACUUGUAAGUUAACUAAUUUUGUACUAUUAAUAUUGUUAUGUUUAGGUUUAUCUUGUACAUUAAUACAAAAUCGUCAGUACCGGCUAUUGAAAACGGAGAAACUCAGUUUACAGUUGAUGGACCUAUUGUCUUGAAGUGAGUUUGUUUCUGGCAUCUUUUUAAAAUUUAGGUAAUACAUUUGGGAUGUAAACAAUAUUCAUGUUAUGAUUUUGUUUGAAGGGACGUUAAUUUGUUUUAAAUAUUUUUAAAUGAUGUUACUUUAGAAGACGGAACUAUAAGCUGUUUGUUAUAACUUCUCUUUGAAUUUAGUUACAGAUGUUAAAAUGGGGACGUUGAUAGGUUGUUAAGUUUUUCAAUUAAUGGUGUAAAAUUACCGUGUUAAAUUUUUAAUUUUUACGUUAUGGAGGUUUUAUUAUUAAGCUUAUGUUUAAGAAAAUGGGUUUUUUGAACUUCAUACGAAAGAAUAAUUGAAAAAAUGUAAGAUGGGGUUUUUUUGUAAUAAACAUUUAUUAAUUUUUCUUAUUUUCAAUUUUUUAGGCUAAACUUUACAACAAAUAAACGUGGUGCAGUAUGGGGACUAACAUCGGUGAAGUUGGAUAAUGAUUUGGUUAUUAAAAAGAGUGGCAACUUUCUGGAUAAGGUAGGUUUAUAUCUUUUUCAGCAUUUAAUCUUUAGGACAUUACCGUGAAAAAUGGACAGGAGAUUAUGGAGAAAAGUAUCAAGAAAAUGGCUGUUGGAGGUUACUUUGAUUAUAACUACGCUUGCUCAAACACAAAGUUUGGUGUAUUUGCAAAUGCUAGCGACAACUUUCAAGUUGGUAUCUCUUUUGGAAACUUGCAGGUAUGUCUUAUAAAGUUUGGAGAUUUUAGGGUGUAACAGGUUGAUAAAUAUAGGUUUAGAACUCUGUUUUUUAUAUUGUAAUUGCUAUUUGAUGAGUUUUCGAAUAAAAGACAACUUUUGGGCUCUAAAUUGUAACGUAAUUACGUUUUUUAUCUAAAAUAUUCUUUUCAGGUACAAAAUGAAGGCUAUGCCGUUGAUAAGGACGAGGACUACCCUCAUUUCUCACACAAUGUAAACGAUUGUGUUGGUACCUUCAGUGCUGGCUCGUGGAUGGGUAUCUUAGUUUCGCUUCUAUUGGCCACUGUCUUGAUCUUUGGCUUCUUGAUGCUAAACUCGGUACAAACGACAGAUCGCUUCGAUGAUCCAAAACAGAAGCAGCUCAUUAUCAACUUUAAGGACUAA